CUACUGCUCGGCCCGGGGUGAGAGGUCGGGAAGAUGGCGGCGGCCUUGGGCGCGGAGGCGCCUGACAACGAGGACUACUACUCGCUGCUGAACGUGCGGCGGGAGGCCUCUCAGGAAGAACUGAAAGCUGCUUACCGACGGCUGUGUAUGUUGUAUCAUCCAGACAAACACAGAGACCCAGAGCUUAAAACACAAGCUGAGCAACUGUUUAACCUUGUUCACCAGGCUUAUGAAGUGCUUAGCGAUCCACAGACCAGAGCGAUCUAUGACAUCUAUGGAAGGAGAGGACUGGAAAUGGAAGGAUGGGAGGUUGUGGAAAGGAAGAGAACCCCAGCUGAAAUCAGAGAAGAAUUUGAACGUUUGCAAAGAGAGAGGGAAGAAAGAAGACUUCAGCAGCGAACUAAUCCCAAGGGAACAAUUAGUGUUGGAAUAGAUGCCACUGACCUGUUUGAUCGUUAUGAUGAAGAAUAUGAAGAUGUGCCAGGGAGCAGCUUUCCCCAGAUUGAAAUUAACAAAAUGCACAUAUCCCAGUCCAUUGAGGCACCAUUGACCGCCACUGAUACUGCAAUACUCUCUGGUAACCUCUCCACACAGAAUGGGAAUGGAGGUGGAUCAAUUAAUUUUGCUCUUAGACGGGUGACUUCAGCCAAGGGAUGGGGAGAGCUAGAGUUGGGAGCUGGAGACCUUCAGGGACCUCUCUUUGGUUUGAAGAUAUUUCGUAACCUUACACCAAGAUGCUUCAUCACUACGCACUGUGCUCUGCAGUUUUCAUCCCGUGGGAUCCGACCAGGCCUUACGACUGUCUUGGCACGAAACCUAGAUAAGAACACCGUGGGCUAUUUACAGUGGCGAUGGGGUAUCCAGUCAGCCAUGAACACAAGUAUUGUCCGGGAUACCAAAAGCAGCCAUUUCACAGUGGCGAUGCAACUGGGAAUCCCCCACACCUUCAUGAUGAUCAGUUACCAGCAUAAGUUUCAGGAUGAGGAUCAGACACGAGUCAAAGGCUCUCUCAAGGCUGGUUUUUUUGGGACCAUGGUGGAAUAUGGAGCGGAGAGGAAGAUUUCCAGGCACAGUAUUUUAGGAGCUACUGUCAGUGUUGGUGUUCCACAAGGCGUGUCCCUGAAAAUCAAGUUGAACAGGGCUAGCCAGACCUACUUUUUCCCUAUCCAUCUGACAGAUCAGCUGCUUCCCAGUGCUGUAUUCUAUGCCACCGUGGGACCCCUAGUUAUCUACUUUGCCAUGCAUAGGCUAAUCAUCAAACCCUACCUCCAAGCACAAAAGGAGAAAGAGUUGGAGAAGCAAAGGGAAAGCACAGCCAGUGACAUCCUACACAAGAAACAGGAGGCAGAAGCUGCAGUUCGGUUAAUGCAGGAGUCUGUCCGGAGGAUAAUUGAGGCAGAGGAAGCCAGGAUGGGUCUGAUUGUGGUGAAUGCCUGGUAUGGGAAGUUUGUCAACGAUAACAGCCGGAAGAAUGAGAAGGUGAAAGUGAUUGAUGUGACCGUGCCUCUGCAAUGCAUGGUGAAGGACUCCAAGCUCAUCCUAACAGAGGCAUCCAAGGCUGGAUUGCCUGGGUUCUACGACCCUUGUGUGGGUGAAAACAAGAGUUUGAAAGUGCUGUAUCAGUUUCGAGGAGUUCUGCACCAAGUGAUGUCUGCAGACAAUGAGGCCCUUAGGAUACCAAAGCAAUCUCACAGAAUUGAUGCAGAUAGCUAAUCUAGUGAAAAAGGGCAUCAUCUACUGUACCCAUGUCAACAGAAGCUGCAAAACCUUCCCCCUGGAUCUGAUGAAUUUAAAGAGACAUUUUUAUUUUUAUGGUUCAUGUAGAGGGUGGUGUCAUUCCAAUUAUGUUAAGGGACAACAGGAGAGGACCUGCUCCGAAGCAGUACUACCCAGGACUAUGGCGUAAUAACUAGCAAGGUGACCUGACUGAGACAAUGUGGUACACUCUGCCUGGGAGGAGCAGCAUGGGGCUUGGGCUGCAGCUAUCUUUUGAUCCAGUCUUUCCUGCUGCAAGGUGACUGCAGCUCAUUUGUUCACACUCAGUGUUUCCUUUCACACUGUGAGCAGGGAAGAGGACCCUCCACUCUUCCUUCUUUUCCUUCUGACAGGGUUGGGUUACACUGUCCUUAACUAAAAACAAUAGCUAAUAUAAUAUUCUGUAAGAGGAAGUGAAAUUUAUGACCACCUCCUAGGAAUCUUCUUGAUAUAGAGUCUGUUACUGGAAAAAAGAUAUAAAGAUUGUGGUGCUUGUCCCAGAUCUGAAUGAA